CUCUGUUAAUUAAUCUUCAAUCUUUCUCAGAGAAAUUAUUAGUAAAAGAGAAUCAUAUUGUAUAUGGAGAUGGAAAGUUCAACAGUGGGAGGUGGUGAUAAGAAGUUUUCAUGUAAAAGUGUAAGAGAGUACAUUAAAGAGCAAAAGGGUAGGCUGUUUAUAAUUCGAAGAUGUAUUGUUAUGCUUCUUUGCUGGCAUGACUAGAAGAGCAGCAUACAACCAAGGGCGGAUUUAG